CAAGCCUAAAAUAAUAAUUUAAAAAAUAUAAGGAAACGAAGAAGAUGAAGAAGGAAUGAUUCUAGUGUGCAGAGAAAGAGAGAUUCAUUGUGUGUAUUCGAGAUUAGAUAUUAUUUUGCUUCUCGAAGUUUAUAGCCUCACACCUUCCUUCGUCGUUGUGGAUUCUCACCGAUUCGCUCAAUGAUCUGACUGUGAUGAUCUCUACGUAUCCGCUGCUGGAGAUUUAGGUUACAAUACGUUUGGAUUUGAACAUGCAAUUGAUUCUGAUGCCAUUGUUAUGAUUAGGUUAUGAGGCUGUGUUGUUGAUGACGAUGCGAUGAAUGCUAUGGAACGAGUCGGUGAAGAAACGGUGGGGAGCAACAACGUGCAGUUGAAAGGACGAGUGGAUGAUGUUCCUACGGUGAAUGAAUCGGAGCCUGGAAGCUCAGCUCACAACGUUGUUGAUAUCGACAAGGCUCCGGAGGAAGCUAAGAUCUCUGUUGAAGAGCUGACUUAUAAUAGAGCUGUUCAAGGGAGUAAUAAUAAUAAUAAUAAUCAUAUGGAGAGUUCUAGGGCUGGCAAGUUCGAGCAUUUGUAUCGUCUUGGAUCUUCUGCGUUUAGAGGAGGAGCUGGAGAUGGAGGAGGAGGAGGAGGAGAUGUUGAUUCUCAGCCACGUGAUAUGGAUCAGAUGCUGUCGAGGAUUAGGCAGCAGCUCGCGGGAGCUCCUUCGGAGAGGCAAAACUUGAUGAAGCCUUUUGUGAACAAGAGGAGCGAUCAGAAUCUGGAAGCUUUCUCCGAGCGUCUGAGAGCAGCUGGUGGAGAGAACAGCGUGGGGCCUGCGUGGAUCAGCGACGGUGUCCAGUUGAAAACUCCGUUGAGUUCUUCGAGUUUUUCUCAGCUGAUACUUAAAAGAGCUAUGAAGGGGAAAGGUGUAGUUGGUAAAAACCAGGAAGCUCCUCCUCCUGAGUCGCCUAUUGCUCAUGAUCCGUUGGCUGUAAAACCAAUCCCCAAAGGUAAUGGGGUUGUAUCGCAUGGUGAAGGGAACCAUACUAACUCUUCUUCUUGUGGAAUCAGUUUGAGGGAGUUUAUUAGAUCGAGUUAUGGUAAACGAGAGAAACGACACAGCCUUUCUCUAUUUAGGCAGCUGGUGGAGCUGAUUGGCUCAGCACAUUCGCAAGGAUUGUUUUUGCUGGAACUGAGACCAUCGCUUUUCGCUUUGGUCCCGUCGAAGAAACUUAGAUAUAAUGGUACUUUCGGAAAGAGCAGUAUAGAAUCGGAUGGUGACGAAGAUUUGAAUAGGAAGAGGCACGUGGUUCAGGAAUCAUCUCUUGUGGGUAGGGAUUUGAAGAAAAGAAGAAUGGAUUUGAACGCUCCAGGGAAUCAACUUCAGGCCACUUCAAGUGGGAGACCUUUGAAAAGGAAAAGCCCCUUGAUUGAUUUAAACGUGGUUGAUGUGCGUAAUCCAGACAGUUGUGAACUUCAACAGCAAAGCUAUAUGAAAAAUUUAGGCGUGCCUUCAGUGACGAGAAAACAGUCUAUGUCCACUUGGCUAGAAGAGCAAUGGUAUACUUGUCCAGAGGAAAUAAAUGGAGAAGAUAUCGGAGAGAAGUCAAAUAUAUAUUCCCUUGGUGUUCUUCUAUUUGAGUUGCUAUGCCAUUGUGAGUCCAGUGAGAUGCAUGCUGCAAUGAUGGCGGAUUUACGUCAUCGGAUUCUCCCACCAGCAUUUCUCUCAAGAUACCCAAAGGAAGCUGGAUUUUGUCUUUGGCUUCUACAUCCUGAGCCCUCCUCCCGACCAACAGCUAGAGAAAUACUGAAGUCUGAGUUGAUAUAUGUGGAGGAUUCUGCUAAAUCGACUGCCGCCGCCGAGGAAAUGUCUGAGCUGUUACUUCAUUUUUUGUCUUCACUUGAAAAGCAGAAGAAGAAAAAGGCAUCUAAGCUUUUGCAAGACAUCCAGACCUUGGAGGAUGAUAUCAAAGAGGCCGAGCGAAGAUAUUCUUCAAAAGCAUCUCUGGUGAGAUCUCGUGAAGCGAUUGAAAGCACUCCUGGCGCCUUGUUUGUACCAACUGCUAAUACAGACAGGCUGAUGAGUAAUAUCCGUCAACUUGAAGAUGCAUAUUUCAUCAUGAGAUCACAAAUGAAGUUAUCGGAUUCUACGGCUAGUGCCCGUUCUGACAAAAGCCUUCUAAAGGACAAGGACAAGUGGUCUGAAAACCAAAAUAAGGAUCAGGAUGCGAGAACCAAAGGAAAAUCGUCAGAUCAACUUGAAGUGUUUUUCGAGGGGUUGUGCAAAUUUGCUCGGUAUAGCAAGUUCGAAACCUGUGGAACAAUCAGAAGUGGAGACCUUUUAAACUCCGCCAGUGUGGUCUGCUCAUUGAGUUUUGACCCUGAUGAGGAACACAUAGCAGCUGCUGGGAUAUCAAAGAAAAUCAAGAUUUUUGACUUCAACGCAUUUAUGAAUGAAUCUGUCGGUGUUCAUUAUCCACUAGUAGAGAUGGUCAACAAAUCGAAAUUAAGCUGCGUUUGCUGGAAUAGUUACAUCAAAAACUACUUGGCCUCGACUGACUAUGACGGUGUAGUCCAGAUAUGGGAUGCUGGGACUGGACAAGGAUUUUCCCAAUACACAGAACACCAGAAGAGAGCCUGGUCAGUUGAUUUUUCUCCAUCUGACCCGACGAAAUUUGUCAGUGGAAGUGAUGACUGUUCAGUAAAGCUUUGGAGCGUCAAUGAGAAACGGUCAUUAGGAACAAUCUGGAGUCCAGCAAAUGUGUGUUGCGUGCAAUUCUCUUCAUAUUCCAAUCAUUUAUUGGCAUUUGGGUCAGCUGAUUACAAGGUCUAUUGCUAUGAUCUUCGUUACGUCAAAACUCCUUGGUGCACAUUGGCUGGCCACGAGAAAGCUGUUAGCUACGUUAAAUUCAUGGAUUCAGAGACCAUCGUCACUGCUUCCACUGAUAACUCUCUCAAGCUUUGGAAUCUCAACAAGACAAAUUCCUCUGGUUUGUCUCCUGGUGCUUGUUCAAUGACGUAUAAAGGACAUACAAAUCAAAAGAACUUUGUCGGAUUAUCGGUCUUGGAUGGAUACAUAGCCUGUGGUUCAGAGACCAAUGAGGUAUAUAGUUACUAUAGAUCCUUACCAAUGCCAAUGACUUCAUACAAGUUUGGAUCAGUGGAUCCCGUUUCUGGAAACGAAUACUUUGAUGACAAUGGACAGUUUGUGUCGAGCGUCUGUUGGAGAAAGAAAUCGAAUAUGCUUGUAGCUGCGAAUUCUACUGGAAACAUGAAGCUACUAAAACUGGUUUGACAUUUGUGGGCGAGUGAGUUCUUUUGGAAAACAAAUCUCAAAACCCUAAUCUCUCAAGUCUGUAUCCAAGACAAACAGUUUGACUUGAACCUACUUUUUUGUCCUGGAAACGUUGAAUCCUAUAUGACCGUGACAGGCUAUGGUUGGCAACCAAAUCUCGGAGAAGUUUGAAGCAAAAAAAAAAAAGGCUCUCUGCGUCUGUGAUAAUAUUUGAUUCUUCUUCGUUAGUAACUGUAUAUGAGAUGAAAGUUCUCAGAUUCUUCGGAAAGUGACUCAGAUUUGGUCUUGCACAAACAAGUUCGGCAUCAAUGUGUAAUGAUUAGAGGUAUAUAAUCUGUACAAGUGUGUUCCCAUAGCUUCAUUAUGUUAUUGUUGUUGGAUAUCUUAUCUACUGUGUUAGAGAUAAUAAAGCGAGAAAAGAGGUCUCUGAUUAUUA